GGCAAAAUGAGUUGGGUUCUCCAGGUCUCCCCGUCUCGCCUCUCUUCAGUUCCCACUCAAUUUGCUUCCGUCAUCAAUCCCACCCACCUUUUUCCAUCUCUUCCAUCGACCUUUCAUCCCGGCCCUCCUCCUCCUCCUCCUCUUUCCCAUGGCGGACUCGGUGACCCACACUUCACCUCCCUCUUCUUCUUCUCCUUCUUUUCAUUCUCUUUUUGGCACUUCUCCUCCCUCGCACCACUCCGACGGCGACGCGAACGAUCGCGACGACGAUGAACCGAGCCCAACACAACCAAUCUCCUUCCCAGGGUCAGUGCUUGAUAGUACCGGUGCCGUGAGUCCACGUUUGCGUGGAUGCAUAGCCAGUCCGUUUCUCCUCGUCGACACACUGAAAGUACGCCUGGUGGAAGGACGGGGGUGCUUGAUGGGCCAUCGGAUCGUGGGAACCUCGCAGACAGCUGUGUCGGCUAGCCAGAGCGGCGGGACUAUCAUCACCGACACCAGGUCUUUCUAUCUCUCUUUUAUUACCCACCCACCCCUCUCGCCUCGCCUUCCCUCACCUUCCAUCACUUCCCUUCCCUCCCCUCUCCCCGUCACCCCCCUUUCCACUCCUGGUGCUGUGUGUACUUGGGCACACAGCCGUCGCGUUUCUUACUGGCAAUAGCUGGAAGGAUGCGUCCCACGAGUCGAGAACCGUAAAAACUUGCCAACUCCUACCCACAGGCUAGCCACCUGUUGGAAGGACUGGGGUUCUCGAUAGGCCGUGGAUGCAGAUGCUGCUGGC